AUGGCAAUCCACGGAUGGGGCUAUACCCGUGCACCAACUGCGGAGGAUCUUGUUACUAACCAGGCAAAUAUUUCUACGCCGCCAUUGAUUCCUCCCCGAGAGCGUCGCAACUUUGUCCCGGCUGACGGAGAAGCCCGUCUAAGGGAGGGUCUCCGAGAGAUUCUUCCUGAGCCUGGUGACAGGCCCUUUGAGAAGCUAGCCAUGUGCUGGUACACAGACACCCCGAGUGCAAACUUUGUCAUGGAUUGGCAUCCCGACUAUUCGAAUCUGUUCAUUGGAGGCGCUGGCAGUGGGCAUGCAUUCAAGUUCUUGCCGGUCCUUGGUAACUAUAUGUCAUUGGCUCUGAAAGGACGCCUGCCUGCCAAACUGGCUCAGAAGUGGCGUCUUCGAAAGGACUACGCGACUGAGAAUGAUACGUUCAAGGGAGAUGGUAGCCGUGGUGGGCCGAUCAGACGAGAACUAGAGCCUCAGGAAAGGGCAAAACUAUAA